AUGGAUCAACAACAACAAAGGCUUUGUGUCAUUAGCAUAGUUGGUAUUGGUGGUCUUGGCAAAACAACCCUUGCACGGAAACUCUACCUUGACAAUGCUGUUAGCAAUCAUUUCGACAAGCGCAUUUGGGUAACAGUCUCUCAAGAAAAUAGUUUAAUGGGGCUUCUUAGAAAGAUGCUUGAAGAAGUUCGGGAGAUUGAAAAGGAGAAGUUGGAGAAAAUGACAAAAAAUGAUUUGAUAGAGAUGAUUAAUGGCUCACUGGGAACACACAGGUUUCUCAUUGUAUUGGAUGAUAUUUGGCGAGAGGAUGUAUGGAAUCAGAUGCAAAGAAGUUUUCCGAAUGUGAACAAUGGAAGCAGAGUCUUGAUCACCACUCGAUUUCUUAAUGUUGCAAAGGAAGCAGAUCCAAGAAGCACUCCGUACCAACUUCCACUUUUGAAUGAUGAUGAGAGCAUGAAGCUUCUUCUCAAGAAGGCCUUUCCUUAUGAAGAUGCUGAGGCAAAUUGCACUAGUGAAUUGCUUGAUAUCGGCUGUCGUCUCAUGCAAAAAUGCGAAGGCUUCAUACCACAGAAAAAUAUGAAGACCAUGGAAGAUACGGGGGAAGCUAUUUUAGAGGAGUUGAUUCAGAGGAGCUUGAUUCAUCUAAGAAAGAUUUGUUCCUCACAAGUAUGCUCCAAUGAAAAUGAUCAACCAACUUAUUUGGCGUCAUCUCGCCGUGUGGCUUUUCACAACGUCAAUGACACCAAGAUCAAUGAAAUCUCUAGAGCCUCUACAAUGCAUGGACUCAGGACUUUGAUGGCAUUUGGUCUACUUUAUCCUCCAAUUGAUUCUCCAAUAUUUAGAUUUGAGCUUCUAAGGGUGCUUGAUUUGACUGAGUUAACUUCUGUACAAAGAUUACCAAAAGAGAUUGAGCUCAUGAUCCAUUUACGUUAUUUAAGACUGGUGGGUGUUGAUUUUCGCCUACCAUCGUCCGUAGGAAACUUUCAAUCCUUAGAAACUGUUCUUCUAAGCUUGUUUAUACUUGCUUUAGAAGAUUGCCCUUUAGAGAUCGACACCAAGGACUUUCCAUUUCACAACCAUCUCCUCUCAUUGACGUUAUUUGGAUUUUGGCCAAAGGGGGGCGCCAUAUCUGAAUUCCCAACUUGUCUCACUAAGCUUGAACUCGGUGAUUCUAGAUUGGAGCAAGACCCAAUGCCCAAAUUGGAGAGGUUACAAUACCUUGUCACUCUUGAACUCUCUCAAAAUGUGUAUCUUGGGAAAACCAUGGUAUGCUCUACUGGUGGAUUACCUAGUUUGAAAAGUCUAUUCAUUGACACAAUGCCUAAUCUUGAGGAGUGGAGGGUAGAGAGAGGUGCAAUGCCCAAGCUUGCUUUCCUAAAAUUAAUUUCAUGCGAGAUGCUAAAAGUGUUUCCAGAUUUGCAACAUGUGAUGAGCCUUCAGGAGUUGGAGUUGCGUCACAUGUCCCAAGAGCUCAUGCUCAGUUUGCAGAGGGAAGCAGGGGAAGAUUGGUACAAGAUUCAACAUGUGCCAAAACUCACCCUUGAAGAAUGGUGA